AUGGCGACCAUCACCCAGACCCCUAUUCUCCGUCUGUCCAAGGAGAUGCUGCUUCGAAUAGCAAGCUUCGCAAGUGAACCCGACAUAUUGAGUCUGCGUCUCGCCUGUCGAGAAUUGCACGACGCCAGCUCAGAUGCCUUCGCUCGAAGCUUCGCUCACAUUGAAUGCUGCUUCUUGGAUCCCGUGAGCCUCCUUCGAGCUCUUCGCAUAACUGCCACUGCGCACCUUGGCCCCAGCGUCAGACGCCUGGUGAUUAUGGCUAGUCCAUCCCACACACGACGAGAGGCGCACACUGCUGCGCGAGAUGGAGAAAGUCACGAAAUGUCCAUACGACAGUGGCAAGGACCCUACCAUACAUCGCAGACUGCCACGAACCAAGUUGCUCCUGCCACACCAAGCUCAAUCCACUGGGCCCUCGCAAAAGGCAUUCUGGAGAACAUCAAACAUCGAUCCAACUGUCAACUCUGGCUGAGGGCUCACACAGGACCCACCUUUCGGCCCCCGCGUAAGGCGCUACUCUGA